CCGAGAUUGGUUGAAGCUGAAUGUAGCUGUGCACUACUGAACAGUAGAGGAGUGUGUACAAGUGCACGACAAUCCCUCAACCAUGGGGAAAUCGUAUUCUCGUAUGCCUUCAGAAGCGACAAAGAAUGAGAAUAUUUCUCCAUCUUCACUACCCGAGGAAGGGAAUGGGCUGGCUAAUUCAGAAUCCAAUGAAGAAAACAGGAAUGGCGAUGUCUCUCAUUUCCCAUACGUGGAAUUUACUGGACGAGAUAGUGUCACAUGUGCUACUUGUCAAGGAACAGGUCGUAUUCCAAGAGGUCGUGAAAAUCAGCUUGUAGCAUUGAUUCCAUAUAGUGAUCAAAGACUGCGUCCAAGACGAACCAAACUGUACGUCACAGUUGCGGUUAUUGUUUGCCUACUUCUUUCUGGUCUUGCUGUUUUUUUUCUCUUCCCACGGUCCAUUGAUGUGCAGUAUGUUGGAGUGAAGUCGGUCUUUGUUAGUUAUGAUGAAAGUAGCCAUUCAGUUUAUUUGAAUAUCACAAACACCGUAAAUAUAACAAACAACAACUUUUAUUCUAUUGAAGUGGAGAACAUUACAGGACAGGUUCAGUUUUCAAAAACGGUUAUUGGGAAGGUAAAACUGAACAACGUUACCAGGAUUGGACCACUUGACACGAAACAAAUUGACUAUUCAGUGCCAACUAAAAUAGGGAAUGAGUUUGACUACAUGUACUCUUAUUGUACACUUCCAUCUAUAAAGGUCCACAACAUAGUGGUGAUGAUGCAGGUCACGGUGACUAUUUCCUAUUUAUGCCACCCGGAGCAGCUAUCGCAAGAAGUUUACCAGUAUCACCGAUCCGUCCUGGCAUCCGGUGCUGAAGAAGUCCAGAAGAGGCUCCAAAGUCUUCCUCCUAUCCGGCAAGAAGAGGACAUCCGGACCGGCAAACAUCUUCUCCAAGCGGCAUCUUCGAUCUUCUUCCAUCCGGUGCGGAGCGGGUCCAUCUUGAAGCAGCCGACGCGGAUCCAUCCUCUUCUUCAGUUGUCUCCCGACGAAUGACGGUUCCUUUAAGGGACGUCAUCCAAGAUGGCGUCCCUCGAAUUCCGAUUGGCUGAUAGGAUUCUAUCAGCCAAUCGGAAUUAAGGUAGGAAUAUUCUGAUUGGCUGAUGGAAUCAGCCAAUCAGAAUCAAGUUCAAUCCUAUUGGCUGAUCCAAUCAGCCAAUCAGAUUGAGCUCGCAUUCUAUUGGCUGAUCGGAAAAUUGACUUGUUUGUGUGAUCCAGUCAACAGCUAGUUUUACCAUAGUAACCUGGUUAUAUAAUUUAAUAUUAGGCAGGCCAUAUCCCCCAGCCUCUUUGUCAAGAUACAACAAUCUUUUAGCUAAUCUGACCCUUCCCUUUCCCCAUAGAAAGGAGUUGCAUUCUUUUUCAUAGUACUUUAAAUCAGUAUUUUUGAGAGACAUAGGUAGAUUUUGCAAUAAGUACAAUAGGCGAGGAAAUAAAAAAGUCUUCAAUAUCGUGAUUUUGGCUGAUAAAGCUAUGGGAAGUGGUCUCCAUCCAUCUAGAAGCCUCUUACUUUCUUGAAAGAACUUUGAAAAAUUUAAGCUAUACCAUAAUCCUGGAUUACUGCUUACAUUGAUACCCAGGUAUUUAAUUUGUUCUACUUCUUGAAAGGGAUGCUUACCCUGCUGCCCACAGGGUUUUCUAACCCAUAGUAUUUCUGAUUUACCCUGGUUGACCUUAUAGCCAGAAAACGCACUGAAUUCCUCUAUUAGUUCUAGUAAUACUGGUAUAGUUUGAGAUGUUCUAGGCAAGAAAAGUAUUAUGUCGUCCGCAUAUAAUGCCAGAGACACCCUGCCGUCUCCUACUUUUACCCCGGGUAAGCUUUGUCUCAGUCUUGUGGCAAAUGGUUCUAGUGACAAAUUAAAUAAUAAGGGUGAUAACGGACACCCUUGUCUUGUUCCUUUUGUUAACCUUAUUUUUGGCGACAGUUGACCAUUUAUUUGAAGGCAGGAGUAUGGAGUAUUGUAAAUCAGUUUCACAAAAUUAUAAAAAUUCCCUGUUAAGCCAAAUUGUGAUAGAGUAGUAAACAGGUGGUCCCAAUUAAUUAAAUCAAAAGCUUUUUCCGCGUCUAAUGUUAUUAGGGCAACAUCAUUUUCACAUUUUUUUCCUUUAGCCUUAAGCAACUUUCUAAUUUACUCCUAUUAUCAUUUUUUCUUCAUUCUCUUUCUAUCUUUAUUUGAAAAAGAAGGCAUCUAAGCUAAAGAGCCAGCCAAUUGGUUCAGACCCCGGACAGCACUAGUUUAUUGGUGGGUGAAUUUAUCCACCAAUCGGCAAGAACAGCCCAGGUUGUAAACCAAAAAUGGACCGGCUUCUAAACUUACAUUCUUCUUUUUCAAAUAAAGUUACCUAGAGAAUGACGAAAAUUUGAUAAUAGGAGUAAAUUAGAAAGUUGCUUAAAAUUGUAUGCUCUAUCUGAAUAAUGAAAGAAAAAAAAUUGUGUUCAGUGUCCCCUUAAAAGCACUCCUCCAGUAAUCCUGGUUUGUAUGGAUUCUUCAGUCCUUUAAAAAAUCCAAUCUAAGAUGAUAGAAAUUAGCUUAAAUGUCUUAUUCCUUAUGCAUCUGUAGUCAUAAAUGAAUUCAAAUUUUAUAGAAGUAUCCAUCCCAUGUAUCAGCAAUUUUCUUAGUUUAUGUUCUGCCAAUGUUGGCUGGAAGCAGCCUUCAGAAUGAAAUGACUCUAGUAAAAGAAUGAAAGAAAAAAGAAAACCCUCCCUUCAGGUUUAAUAAGUUUAUAUUUAGACUAAAAAUAUUUUAAAAUUGUUUGGUGAUAGUGAAUAAUCUGUUGCUAUUAAUUUAACGUUUUUGUUUUUAAAUGGGACAUUUAAAAAUGUGUUUUAUAUUAACAUAACACAUAUGGUUAAAAGCAUAACGUGACUGCAGAAUGCUUUCUUCAGAAGUUAUCACUGCCAGGGUACCAACCUGCUGCUGAUACAGUGGUAGGUCAUCUGCAUUUGCAUUAGUCUCCAGAGUAUGCUCAGAGUGUCAGCCAUCAAAUGCUGUGUAAUCCUAAUACAAGUUAUGUCCCUUUAAUUAUUGUAAAUGCAACGCACCAGUCCUCCAGCUCGUAUGCCAGGCUUUGUACUGCUUGCUCUAUAAAUGCCACAAGUUUGAGUAAUAUUUACUGGGCUACUGUAGAUAAAGUGGUAGUUAUUCUAUCUAAUUUGGUGUUUAAUUGACAGUACAUAGAAAUUGUUAAUAAAUGAGCCUGAAUUGAUAAUAAGUGUCUGAAAUAAUACCACAAAUUGUACAGUUAUAGGAUCUAUUGUGUUAUAAUGUGGAUCUAUAGAAUUAGAAACACAAAAUGCAGUCACUAACCUUCUGAUAAGCUCAUCUGCUUUCCUAGAUUCCUGUAUCUUCAGAGAUGCACAGGAAUUCUACAUUAGCUUUUAGGGUUUAUUUUUACAGCUUUCAUGUUGGUAUACCAUGUUGUUUAAAUCUGCUACUUUAUUUUUGUUCAUUUUUCUGUUCUAGUGACAACGUACUAAUUUGUAUGUCAUUUUAUCACUAGUGACACUUCAAAACUAUUUGUUAAACUCCCACAAAGGGGUUAAACACAUUAUUAAAGUACUGCUUGAUAGCAGCAGUGCUCUGUGGGUUUUGAGCAGCACUUUAUGUAUAUAUUUUAGCCCCUUUACAGAGGAUAAACAUUUAGCUUUCCAGCGUCUCUAGCUUGAGGCCUGUGGGCUACAUGGGUCUCUAAGCAUCAGUUUUUGCGGCCCCUGGGGAAAAAGAAGGGCUAAGAAUACGUGCUAUAGUUUUUGUGGUCCCAGGAAAUAAAGUAGAACUAAAAAUGUGCGCUUGUGACAGAAGGCUGAACAAGGUGACCACAACUCAAAAGAGCUAUCUAAAGGGGAGAACAGAACAUAGAGGGUACACAGCAGCCUUACCUAAACCUGGCCCUUUGCCAUGGGACAUGUUUAGGAAAUAUCUUUUUAUUUGUCUUUCUUAGCCAUACAUUUAUAUGCAACGUUUAAAGGGACAUGAAACCCCAAUGUUGAUUAGGAUUCAGAUAGAAAUUUCCAUUUUAAACUACUAUUGAAUUUAAUUCUAUUAUCAACUUUGCUUUGUUCUUUUGGUAUGCCUUGUUGAAAAGCAUACCUAGGUAGGCCCAAAGCUGGGAAGUGGCUGCACAUAUAUACCUUUUGUCAUUGGCUUAUGUGAUGUAUUCAGCUAGCUCCCAGUAGUGCAUUGCUGUACCUUCAAUAAAGGAUACAAAGAAAAUAAAGCAAAGUUGAUAGAAGAAAAUUGGAAAGCUGUUGAAAAUUGUAAGCUUUGUCUGAAUAAUGGGAGAAAAUAUUUGGUUACAUGUUCCUUUGAGGAUUCUAAAAUAUUGGUCUGUGACUCCUGUGUGGUAGGAAGUUUCCCAUCACUGUUCCAACAAAUUAGAGCAUUUAUGGUUAUAAUGGCCCUUUAGUUUAACCUCUUAAUGACCAUCGACACACUCUGUACAUCGUUGGUCUUUUUAUAGGGGUGUGUUUUUUAAUAGCCAGCGACGAGAUCGUGAUAUUUUGGGAAGAGUACAGGAGGGAGAGUUUAAUAGCGCGGUCUUGCACUAUUACAGGCAGACAUUGGUAUGUCAGUUGUUAAGGGGUUAAAAAAAAUAGUGACUUUGUUACAUGUAUUUCAUAAAUAAGCGUAAUUGUCUUUUAUUAACUAUAGUGUUAGAUAUAUUUAUAAAUGUUACUUUUCUGUAGUUUUGGAAACUAGCGCCAUAUCUUUGUGGCACUAAAUAUUUCAACUAUUUUACUUUAAAAUAAGACCACUUAAUUUAUACUUAAGUUGAAAAGUAGAUUGAUAGGAAACGUAGCUGCUAUUACUGACCUUGCACACUGUAUAGAAUAUUUAGGUAAUGGCCUGUAAAUGUAUAAAUAUUUUAAAACGUGCUAAUUAUUUUUUUAUGAUGCAUAAAAAUGAUUUAACUUGACUCACUUAAUGAAUAGUGUACCUUCCUCUAUUGUAGCAUAAACCGUUGCUAAAGAAUGUUAUGUAGAAAUCACUUAUUUGUAAUUGCUGGGGCAUAUCCUGUGUAUGUUAACUUUACAAAAUGUGUCUACUCUGUGUGUAUUAUCUCUUGUAAAUGGUCACACUUUAAAAACAUUAAAGUUUGUUUUAAUGCAA